GCGGUGAUCGUACAGAGAGGAGAGAGAGAGAGAGAGAGAGAGAGAGAGUAGCGGCAACGCUUUGUUUGAGCGGGGAUGGCGGAGCAGGCAGAGGAAUCGAUUCCGAGGGCGGAGCCGAGGUCGUUUACGGAGAAGAUAGAGGAGAAGAUUCAUGAGCACAAGUCUUCCUCUUCUUCUUCCGAUUCUGACAACGACAAAUCGGAACACCAUUCUUCUUCAGUUAAAAGCGGAAUCCGACGCCUUUUCGGGAGGGAGAAGCCCGUCCACCAGGUCUUUGGUGGCGGCAAGCCUGCUGAUGUUUUCCUGUGGCGAAACAAGAAAAUCUCAGCUACUGGUCUUACUGUGGCUACUGCAAUCUGGAUCUUAUUUGAAUUGCUUGACUAUCAUGUGCUUACUCUAGCUGCUUAUGGCCUAAUUAUCGUACUGGCAAUACUGUUCCUGUGGUCGAAUGCAACGACAUUCAUCAGCAAAUCUCCACCUCGCAUUCCUGAGGUGAGCAUUCCUGAGGAUCUGGCGUUGAACGUUGCCUUAUCACUGAGAUAUGAGAUAAACAAAACUUUUGCUGUUCUGAGGGACGUUGUAUCCGGACGAGAUCUGAAGAAAUUUCUUGCUGUGAUUGUUGGCUUGUGGAUCCUUUCAACCGUUGGCAGCUCUUGCAGUUUCUUGACCUUGUUCUAUAUAGUAUUUGUUCUGCUGCAUACUGUGCCUGUUCUAUAUGAGAAGUAUGAGGACAAAGUCGACUUCUAUUGGGAUAAAGCAACAGCAGAACUUGAGAAGCACUGCAGCGUUAUUCGUGCCAAAGUCAUGAGUAGGAUUCCCAAGUCCGCGCAAACAAAGGCCAAGAAGCAUCAGUAAGAAGAUGGAGCUCUGCUGGUGCUGGUGCUGGUGCUGGUUUAUUAGCUAUUCUGUAGUAAUUGUACUUAUCAGGAAUUCAGUUUGAUCUUCUAAUGCUCGCUUUGUCCAGUCUUUAUGCACAGAUAUAUAACUUCAUGAACGAGGUGUCUAAUUUCUGUGAGUUGUGCUUUUGUUCUUUUGAUAACUUCAACUAGUUAUUUGAACAUAAUAAUUACAGAAUUAUAGUAGAUAGCUCUGUCUACAUAGUUCCUUUCAAGUAGUUAUUGAUGUGAAGCAGAUACUGAAGCUGUUUGGUUUA